AUGUCGUUUCUGUCGCCAACGCUGCGCAUGGAAAAUCUGUCAACGGUGCCCAUCAUGAGUCUGGAUCAUGUGCCCGAGGCACAGCGCUACAACAAAGACAACAUUGUCGCCCAAUGGUGUGCGCCCAUCAAUGGCAAGAUGUACCGCAUUGAACUGGAACACGGCACCACAAGUGGACGCCGCAUGAUCUGGGUCAACGGUCGGGAAGUGCUGCGUCGCGACUGGAUGUUCAAGCUGGUGGGCGAGGACACGUUUGAUAUCGAUCAGGCGCGCUGCAUUAUACGCGUCGAUCCUGCGCCAGGCUUCAAGUACGAGUAUUCGCUUUACAUAGACGGCAAACCGCAUGCCCAGUACACCGAGGAGCUGACGCGUCAGUAUCGGCUUUGGCUGUGCACCUGUGGCAACGAGCAGGCUGGGUCAACGGAUGCGUCGCAGGAAUACCGCAUUAUGCUCAAGCUGGACACGCUCAGCUUGUAUGUGAACGACGAGUUGCGCGAGGAGGCGGCCGUCUUUGUGCAGGGCGGCACCGACACGAGCUUCGUGCUGCAGGACACACCAUUUGUAUUACAGGCACGCUCCAGUGGCAACAAACACGACGGCAUCGUUCACACACUGCUCGUUAACGGGGUACCCGUGCCGGAAGCAAAGAUACAGCAAAUCAUGCAGGAACCCGUCUCCAUACUGCAAACUAAUUGAAGUCCCAGCUACAGACAAAAGGGAUCACAAUUUGCAUUUGCAUUCACGCUCCCAUUUGAUUAAGGGGUACAAGGCAUACCUCAGGCUAAUUCAUAUGAUUGGAGCCCCCACCAUCCCAUAAUUAACUUGAAAGUGUUUAAAGUUUUACUUACACAAUAAUUUAUUCGUUUGCUUAUAUGCAUAAUUGUAACGCAAAUGGUUUACGUUCUCAAUUUCAUUUGACAUUUCGCUAGCAUUCAAAGUACUCAAAGUGCAUUUAGUAUAGAAAACACAAAAUACAAAAGAGAUGAAUAAAUGUAUCAAAAAACAGCUUGUGGCA